AGCGACGAAUCUUUAUCACUUCAAAAAGUAACAAUUGUGAAAGCUGAUGAAAACGAACAAAAUUUGAAUCGAAAUCAUUCAUCAUUCACCAGCAAAAAUAAGUGUAAACAACAUGAAAGGCCAAUAAAGAAUAAUAAUUCAUCUGAUAAUGAGAAGCAUCAAAUGGUUUUGCAUAACUCAUCCAAUGAAAACAUAAUUAUUCAGCCUGCUGCCAAAAAUGGUGUCCUUUUGUUUCUAGAAAUCUGUAAAAUAGUUCAAUUUAAAAAUAAAAGUGGAUUUUCGAAAUCAUUAAAACAGUUAUUCCUAGAUUUUUUGACCGCACAUCGACCUACAUCCACAGCAAAAAAUUUGUUAUCACUUUUUAUCAAUUACUGA